GGAAAUAUCCCCGUCACUCGUUGGUUUUGUUGCCACGUCGAGAACACAAUCAGCGUUUUAUUGGAUGCAUUUCGCCUGGUCGCCAGUCGCUGUGUUUCCAGACUAGCUAGAGAAUUUUAAUACUUAGACAUGGUGUCUGUUAUUAACACUGUGGAUACCUCGCAUGAGGAUAUGAUCCAUGAUGCUCAAAUGGACUACUAUGCCACAAGACUGGCGACCUGCUCAUCCGAUAGAUCGGUGAAGAUCUUCGAUGUUAAGAACGGCGGCCAGAUUCUUGUGGCAGACCUGAGGGGGCAUGAAGGCCCGGUGUGGCAAGUGGCCUGGGCACAUCCAGCCUACGGUAACAUCCUGGCCUCAUGUUCCUACGACAGAAAAGUGAUCAUCUGGAAAGAAGAAAACGGUACAUGGGAUAAGAUGUACAAGUACACAGGCCACAACUCUUCAGUGAACUCUAUUUGCUGGGGACCCUACGACUUUGGUUUAAUCCUGGCGUGUGGAAGCUCUGACGGUGCCAUCUCAAUUCUCACCUAUACCGGUGAUGGGCAGUGGGACAUCAAGAAGAUCAACAACACUCACACUAUUGGCUGCAAUGCAGUGAGCUGGGCACCAGCCGUUGUCCCAGGCAGCCUCAUAGACCAGCCUACAGGACAGAAACCUAACUAUGUGAAGAGAUUUGUCUCUGGAGGUUGUGACAACUUGGUCAAGAUUUGGAAAGAGGAAGAUGGUCAGUGGAAGGAGGACCAGAAGCUGGAGGCCCACAGUGAUUGGGUGAGGGAUGUAAGCUGGGCUCCAUCUAUUGGUUUACCUACCAGCACAAUUGCCAGCUGCUCUCAGGAUGGCCGUGUAUUCAUCUGGGCAUGUGAUGAUCCUUCUGGAAACACCUGGACUGCUAAACUCCUGCACAAAUUCAAUGAUGUAGUUUGGCACGUCAGCUGGUCCAUCACAGGCAACAUCCUGGCCGUGUCUGGGGGAGACAACAAGGUGACCCUGUGGAGGGAGUCUGUGGGCGGACAGUGGGCUUGCAUUAGGGACGUGAAUAAAGGCCAAGGGGCUGUGAGCUCCAUCCCAGACGGACAGCAGAAUGAGCAGUGAUGCAGGACAUAGUGCUGACAGGUUCACGUGGACAGACAAGCCCAUUAAGCAUCAGAGACUUUCUUAAAACUUCCUUAGACCUGUUUAUUCCCCCCAAAACAGUCAACCCAGAAGAUCAGAACUAUAUUUCAAUUAAUUUCUGACAUCUUUCAAAAGUUGUUCAAAGGUAGUAUGAAAUAUGUUGAUUGAUCGCUUUCAGUGUCGUUUGAAAGCAGGAUUUUCUGAUAUAUCUUUUGAAUGAAGAUUUAAUAAGCAUUGUGAUUGAUGAUGUGAAGCUUCAAAGUUCAGAUCUUGUAUUUAAUAUCGUAAGUGGAAUGGCUAACGACAUUGUUUGAAAUUCGCUUACAGUGCCACUGAUUUAAUAAAUAAACUUUUAUAAGUCAUUCUUCA